AUGAACACCAAAGAUUUUGUAGUUAUACCCUGGGGAAAACCUGGAAAUUCUAUAAAACUAAAAUAUAAACAUGCUCAAGAACUGCAAAUGGAGAAAAUUCAGCUAGAACUAGAGAACCAAAAGAUGGAACAGACAUUACGAGAAUUCCAAUCCACAUGGAACAAGGGAAAGGAAGAAAUUAAGUCAGGUGGGUAUCACUGGAAAUCUGGAAGUGUGGGCAAGUUUGGUAACAAGUCACAUAUAACAUCACAAAGGAAAGCGAAUGCUACUAAGUUCCCUGCUGGAAAUGUGAAAUUAAAGUUACUAAAGGAACAGAUUAAAGAACCAGCAAAACAAAUAGUUAAUUACAAAAUGGCUCAAUCUUCUGAAAGUGAAAAACCCAAGACUAAAAAGAAAUUUUGUGGACAGUGUGAGAUCAAAGCUGCUCUCCUUGUAUGCCUGGAAUGUGGUGAAGAUUAUUGCUCAGGAUGCUUUGCUAAAAUGCACCAGAAGGGGGCACUGAAGUUCCACAGAACAACUCUUUUACAGGCAAAGUCUCAAAUCUUAUCCAAUGUGCUAGAUGUUGCUCAUCGAUUUAUAAAAGAACCAAUUCCACCCAGUGAAGGGAAUAGUUCUGUGGAAACAUCCACUAAAAGUCAACAGAAACCCAAAGCCCGACUUCUUCAGGAGAAGAGCUCUGAGGUAGAAACUACAGAAGCAGAAGGAGGAAAAGGUACAAACCCCCUGUAUGAAAUGCCUUUUGAUGAAGAAGCAUCUGCCCAGUCCUUUCGGGAAGCCUUAACUCAGUGGCGAGCUGGACAACAGAAAGAAAACAAACAACAGGACUCACAUGCAAAAAAACCAGACUCAGUGGAAGAAUGUGAAGUACAAACUAAUUUGAAAAUUUGGUCUGAACCAAUUAAUAUUGAAUUUACAGAAGACAGUCUGUCAUACAUGGAAAAAUUAUGGCUUAAAAAACACAGAAGAACUCCACAGGAACAACUUCGGAACAUACUACCAAAUACUUCCCAUGAAGCUACAAUGGAGAAACAGUGCUCUCAGAAUGAAAGUAAUGAUGAUAGUGAUGUUGAAGAGAUUAAAGUACAAUAUCCACCUCUUUUUAUGCCAGUAGAAAAAGAGAAUAUAGAGAGACCUCCACCAUCACUAACAAUAGUAGAAUUGGAUGGCACUCAUGAAGCAGAAUUUGAAGAACCAGGAAAUGCUGUGCCUUACAGAGUUCAACUAGCUGAUUCAGAGAGUCAAUUCAGUUCUACAUUUCCUGAUUAUCAGAAUUGUUUUCCACGUGAAAAUGGCAUCCAUCAACAUCUUGUUUUCAACAAGGGAAAAACAGACCUCUUAAGUCUUUGUUUGAGAACUGAUUCUACAUACCACAGAGAUGAAUUAAAGGAUUUUGGCAACACUGUGGACACUGAUACUUACUCUCAUGAGUCCAAACAAAUAGGAGAAAUCAGCUCUUUGGAACAAAAUGUAAUAGAAAAAAAUAUAGACCCAGGAAACAAUCAAAAUUCUGGUGACUCCUCCUGCAUGUUAUUUUGGAGAAGGGCUUCCUUUCCAACUGCAGAUUUAGAUACAUCUUUCUUGGAGGAGAAUUCAUCGCAAGACACCAGCACAUCCUUGGGAUGCAGCAAUCCAAAAGAGAAACCAAACUUGGAAGAUUCAAAAACCACAAAGUCACAUCUGUUGUUACAAGACAUAGCCCUCAGAAAAAAACCUGUAAAUGAACCAUAUCAAGGACUUGAGAAGUUCUUUACCCCUGGUAAGAAUGAAAGACUCCACUCUUCUCCCUCACCAAACCUAAGAGGCAGCCAUUCCUGUUCCACGAUAACGUUCACAGCAGACAAAGUGUGGAUCCCAGACAGCAGCUUAAGUGAGCAUGCUGGUAGUACAGUUGCUUUGUGUGAUCUGCAGAGUGAUGGAAAUCCACUUCCAAAUAUGCAACAGCAAAAGACAGGCCAGAAAACACGGAGACCUUCAACAGUGAACUUGCCUGUGUCCAACUCUGCUCGAAAAGGUUCCAGCUGCUGUUUGUCCUCUUGUCCCCGUUCAAGGAGUGCAGCUGCUCAUUCCCUAUCCAGAGCUGCUUCUGAAAUCUCAGAAAUUGAGUACAUUGAUGUCACGGACCAGAACGAGCCUCUCUUAGAUUACACGGAAGAUCAACAAACCUUAGACAGUUUGGAGAAAGAAUUGAAAGUGCUGAGAAAUCUUUCUGGGAACCUAUUUUCUUUAGUUGGAUCUUCAACAGUGUAUUUCCAAUAUGUCCUUCAG